CGUGCCGAGGCCGGCUUUACGGCUGUACUCCGGCGCGGUGAGCUACAAAGCGGUGCUGGCGCACUGGACAGCACCGCUGCUACAGCCGGAGUGCGGCGUCAACGCCUCAACGCCAGCAGUGCGCCGCUCCCUGCCCAUUGGCCAAUCACUAAAGCAGCCAAAAAAAUAAAGGAUGACGGCGGAGGUCGGCCCGGCGCACCAGCGCGCGCGCGAAUUCCUCGCGCGCGCCGCCGGCGACGAGACCUACGGCAAAUUGGUAGAUGAAAACUUCGACGCGGGUGCCUUCGCCGACGAGAUUAUACAAAGGGACAGACAAAGAUCUUUGGACGACACGGGUCCCAGUGCGGCCGUCGCGGCGGUGGACGCCAUCAAGGCCUACAAAGUGCAAUUACAAACGCACAUCGAAGACCACGUCGAGGAGUCGCGCGAAGCUCUGUUGAAGAGCAGUAGGGGUCUGCGAGCUUUGAGGGGCGACGUCGAGGCCGUCGCAUUGGCGGCGCGAGAAGCCAAACGCAAGACCUACAAGAUGACUAGGAAGCUGACCAAGCCCUACGACUCCUGCGAGCGGAAGACGAGACGAUUACGUUUAGUGUUCGAGGCGAACGAACUGCUGAGGAGGGCCCAGCGCUGCCGGUUUGCGUUGAGACGUUUAGACGAGAAGCGUGGUUUAAAUGACCCGGAGGACCUCGCAUCACGCGCUGCAUUAGUUAAUGAGAUCGAGGGCCUGGUAGAUCCACCUGAGAGGGAUGGUAAGAAGCCGGCCUCGCUCGAUGCUAUUGAUGUCUGUCGCGGGGCCAAGGACGCGGCUCUGGCAGCGCGAGCCGAGCUCGAGACUAGUUCAGACGGCGUGCUCGACGAGGCCCUCUCCACCCUAAAUGUUGCAAGGGCCGGCGCCGCGUUGGCGGUCGCGGCGGAGCUCGGGCGGAUUGGCGAGGCUGUUGAUAGAGCGCUGCAGCGUUUGUCCGACGCUGCGAGAUUGUGCACGACGGAGGCGUUAGCGGGGCGCGACCCCUUGGGUGCCGAGGAGCCACUCACGGCGCCCUUCUCGAAGGAAGCGGCGCAAGCCCACGCUAGGAGAUGGGCUAAUGCACUCAGGGCCUCGUCGCAACGCGCGGCUCUGUUGGAAACAGCUCUUAGGAAGAGACGCCUCGACAAUGGAGCCGAGACCCUGAACGACGUGUGUAUCAAGAGUGGAGCGCUGCGCGGUGCAAGCACAUUGAGACAGCGGCACGCUCGCGAAGCGGCCGCGGCCGUGAGGGAGGCGCUCGUCGAGGCCCUGCGCAAGGACGAAACGGUGCUUGUCGAAGAGGAGGAGGAGGACGACGAAUCCGAGGACGAGGAGGAAGGCGGCGACGCUCCCGCGGAGGAGGUAGAGGACACCCUGCUCGGCCGAACGAAGUCCAUCAUCGCCAAGACCGCGGAAAGGACCACGGAUCUCAUCGACAAGACCCAGGAGCAGCUCGAUCGGCUGGACGAGCGCACCGAAGCUUUGGUGAAUGCGGCAGCUAAGACCCUGAAGAAGACGGGCAGCGACGUCAAGGAUCGGAUCGUGGGAAUGUCAGAGAAACGAGCCGCCGAUUUAGUGGCGGAGACACUCGCGGACCACUACCCCGUCGUGCGGCAGGCGUUCCUGACGGAGGUUUGUGAGCCUUUUGAGGAUAUUGUCGAUGACGAUGCUGGUUUACAGCAACAACGAUUGUUUGAUGAGUACCCCUCGUUGACGAUCGACCCUCUAAAUGACGGCGGCAUGCUCCCCCUGUCGAUGUUGCCGCCGGACGGCGACUACCUCGGGUCUGCGGCGAAAGUGGCACCACCCAAGUCCUUUGUGGCGCUGUUCGAGGCCCAGUUUCAGGCUUUGGCUGCUUCCCAUGAAAAGUCGGCGUUCUGCGACGACGAGGAUCGAGGCAUAGAGCAGGCCCUGGCCGACGCUGCACGGGAGGAACCGGUGCCCGUCGACGACGUUAGUGUAGGUAAUAGAUUGGAGAUGGCCUUGACAAGAACUCAUUGUAGAGCGGCCGUCGGGCGGGCGGGCGGGCCCAACCCCGAAUUCUCAAAUUCUUGGGAGACGGAGAAUCCGGCCAUGGCGCUGGCCGGCCGCGACUUCGAGCCCGGCGAAGUAAGUAGAAGGCGGCGUUCCGAACGCGGUCCUCAUAGGGAACCGGUCAACGUCGAGCUCCCUCGGUCCGAAGCCGUCCAGGCUGAAAGUUCGGUGGAGUCGUUGGGCGAUGCGUUAGAACCACUCGAGGCCCGCUAUUUGACGCAGUGCCGCGAAAGGUUGCUCGGUCCGAUUAGAAUGGUCUAUCCGGAGCGGGAAGGCUACGACGCCGACGUGCCGACGCAUAGUGAUGUGGAAAAAUUAGUAGGUAUCGGGCGCGAGGAGCUGCGGAGGGUCGACGAUGUAAGUUUGGAGGACGCGGUCUGCGGCGAGAUCUCGAACGCGUGUCGCGAAUUUGCUGAGAGAGCGACGCGAGCUUUAAGAAACGUCCCGGCGGCGCGGGACGCCAAGGCCUUCGGGAAGCUUCCUAGAGCGGUCACUGAAGCCUACGCGUCGACGAAACCGACGGAUGGGCUCAUUGUGCCGCGCGCCGAGUGGCGCGCUUCGGUCAGAGAGGAAUUUGAUGCCAGGACGGCCGGGGCCUGCGCCGUUUUAAGGAAGGGCGUCUCCCUCCUCAAGGCGACGCCUUCAUUAGGGCCAGGAUUGGAUGCGUUAGAUGCGGUCUGCGCGCGCGUGUCCAACCGCGGCGCCGACGCCGCGGCUUAUGUGUGUUGCGCCCAGCUGGCGAACGCCGACGUCGAGGAGGACUACUCUGAUGGGAGGGACGCCUCGUCCGGUUCUCCGCUCGGCGCGUCGCCCUGCGUCGUGCGGCUGCUGUCGUCGCUGCACGCCAUUAGAGCAGGGUACCUCGCGUUCCUGCCCGCGUGGCCGAAGCUCCAGCCGAACCAGGACUCGCCCUCAGCCCGCGCGGCGAUCCCGGCGCUCGCGGCCCGCGUCGCGCGCCAAUGUAGUUCCCAUAUCUGCCUGCGGCGGCCGCUCGCCGGCGGCGGGCGAUUGGUGGUAGCGCGCGACAUUGAUGUGCUCUGCGACGCGCUCGCGGACUACGAACCCGAACCUGGCGACGCCGUGGAGGCGUCCGCGGAGCUCAGGGCCGCGCUCGACGAACUGGGAGCUGUAAAGCGCUUGCUUUUCGUGGAACCACGCUUGGCCGAGGGCGAGACGCGCGCGGGCGCGGUGCUCCGGGCCGGUUUGGAGCUGGCGCCCGUCCUCCGGCCCUCCUGCGCCUGGCAUCAUUGUCUGGCGGCGUGCGGCCACGCGCGGCUGCCGCUGCCCGACGCCCUCGACGUCGCGGAAGACGUCGAGGCGUCGCCCGCUCUACGGACGGCGUACGUCGCGCAGCUCUGCGGCGGCGACGACUUCGGCGCGGCGGACUCCCCCGAGACGCGGCGCGCGCGGGAGGAGCGCGCCUGGCUCGACGUCCAACGAUGUCUUGACGCGUGGGCGACGCGUGCGUCCGCCACGGGCGUGUCGGCGCUCGGCGACGUGUAUGAGUCUAUGCAACGGAGCGGUGCGGAGCUGCGGGUUAAUACUUAGUAAAAUACCGCAUCGCAUUCUUCCUGAACCUAAAGGCGAGUUCCUUCCUAAACUCCGACGCGUUGACAUUCGUCAGCACCGUGACCUUCGGGGCGGUUUCGUCAGCCCAGGAUCGUCUGUCCACGACAACCAUGCCGUGCGCGUCUCCUGGCCCCACGACCACGUCGAUUGCGACUGUUUUGGUCUCGUAUAACGAUGGGUUUGUCAAAUAUGCCACAACGUGGGCGUCAUGUACCGGAGCUCCUUCACAGGCAUUCAGCAGGUCGCAGUAAGCCCCUCGGAAUGUCGCAAAGGCGUCGGUGAAAAUCUCGGGCGCAUGCCGAACGUCCGCCUCAGUUUUGCCGGCUUCCCGCUUUUUCGCCCUCGCCGCCGCCGCCAUCCACUCGGCCGCGGCGGCGCCCGGCGGGAGCGGUUGGGGCGGCGGGGGCCGCCGCGCCGCCGCUCGCAGCGACGACGCUCUCAGUUCUUCCACGCUGACCUCCUCCAUCCGAUGCGUCUCGAAGGCGAACUCGGUGCGGUGGCGCGUGACGCUACGUCUUGACCUCGCGUCGAACGCCAUGUCUUGUUUCGUCGACACGGUCCCGUCGUCACGCGGGCUCCGCGGCGGCGUCGGCCAGCCCUCAGACAUUUUUGCUUCCUCAAUGUUACUCUUGUCUGGAAACACUGAUGUGAACACCUCUUGUAUUUGCGGUUUCACAGGCGGCGCCGCGAGAUAUCGCGUGUGUAGAAUGACCACACGCUACCGACGAAGCGGGCCGAGCGGAUUGGCGUCUCUACGGCCGCCGCUUUUGCACGGC